AUGGCAGAGAAUAAAGUCGAAAUGUCAACUGAAACCACUGUUCAAAAUAGUGGCAAUGCGCCUUCUCAGCAGAAUAACCCACUGUCUAGGAAACUCAAUAAAAUUCUGGAGACCAGGCUAGAUAAUGACAAGGUAAGACCAAGUCGAGUCCUCCCAGGUUUCAUUGAUGCAAAUGACUGGUAAAAUCUCAACGCUAGCUAGGAGCAGCGCAUAUUGCACUUGAGAUCUCCUAUCUAGCAAGCUAACCUUAGUAGCUAAUUGAUUUCUGUAUUUAAUUUUAUAUUUAAUUCCUAAUUGUACCAUAAUUUUACCAUUAGUAAUGACGUCUUUUUAUAAGCAGCAACGGAGGCUAACUCCGCCAUGGCUCGUUGGUCAAAGCCUAUGCCACGGGGAAAUGAAUGUUGUUUUUGGAUAAACGCCUAAAAUAAGGUCUAUGGUAAAAUCGUAUAAGUUUUGUUCAUCAACUAACGUCACUUUGUGAAUUUUUAAGCAUUUAUGUAAUCAAAACAAGAACAUAAGCUUCAUAAUUCAUAAAGGUAAUGUUAACUGACUGAUAUUAUCGCAUAGAACAAGAUCUCUUCGGUGUUUAUCCAAAACCCCUCCAAAAAACCCAUUCAUUUCCCCCAUAGGCUUUGACCAACGAACCAUGACUAACUCAUUUCAGUUUUUUAGGACUACAAACUGGCGAGCGCUACUACAUUAGUAAUAGAAACGGCAUGUCAUUUAUUUGCCAGCUUUAGCUGAUCCCUGAUCCAGUAUUAGCCAACGUCGCAAUGAUAACAUCCCUCUUGUGUUGUAGGAGAUGUUGGAGGCUCUGAAGGCUCUCUCGGUGUUCUUCACAGAGAACAGUCUUCGGACCCGUCGGAACCUGCGGGGGGACAUUGAGAGACGGAGCCUGAACAUCAACGAAGAGUUCGCCAGGAUAUUUAAAGAUGUCAAAGAGGUAGCUAGCUAGCUAACGUUUAACUAGACUUCAGACUACAGGGGACUGAAUGCAUAUGCCUUUAAAGCACUUUGUUAUACAUGAUGUGAAAUCAGCUAACAAUAUGUGAAAUCAGCUAGCAAUAUGUGAAAUCAGCUAGCAAUAUGUGCGUGCUUCAAUCAGCUAAAUCCGACUUCAUCUCUUCAAAUUACGUGAUUUAGUUGAUAUUACAUGGACCUUUUGAAAUUCGAAAUAAAGUUAGCGACCAAACUGCCAUGUGGGCGGAAGUUGUGUUAGCCGCCAUUUUUAAACCUGGUGUGUCAUUUCCGGCGGCGUUUAAAAAGGUAUAAUUACAUUGCACUUCAGUUCACGCUAGCUAGCUAGUACAAUGCGGUGUUGUAGUCUAGUCACUAAACCUCUAGUCAAGUCCCAAGUCCCCUGUGCUCGACUCACGAGUCCCUAUGGCUGAAGGUCGAGUCACCAAUGGUCGAGUCACGAGUCGGUUAAGAGUCCAUCAAUUUAUGCUAGUCUUAUUAUGCAAUUGUUUCUUGUCGCCACCAGAUGGCAGUAUAUUGCCACGCUCUCAUAAAAAUCCCCCAACUAAUUUACUAUUCAUCACUACCUCACAAGUUCUACCUCACAUAAAUGAAUGGUAAGUCUGGCUCUCAGUUACUUUUUUGUAAUUGCCCACAGAUAUUUGUGUAGGUUUUUUUGUUGCAGAGUGAAAACUAAAGGGAGACUUGUCAGAACUGGCUAUGGGAUGCAGUGGGCAAAGUGGGAGGUUAGAGUGAGAUGACAAAUGUUUCAUUUUCUGGGUGUAUUUUACCCCCUUUUUCUCCCCAAUUUCGAUCUUGUCUCAUCGCUGCAACUCCCCAACGCGCUCGGGAGGCGAAGGUCGAGUCAUGCGUCCUCCGAAACAUGACCCGCCAAACCGAGCUUCUUAACACCCGCCCGCUUAACCCGGAAGCCAGCCGCACCAAUGUGUAGGAGGAAACACCAUUUACUUGACGACCGAGGUCAGCCACAAGGAGUCGCUAGAGCGCGAUGAGCCAAGUAAACCAGCUGACGUAUGCGGAGUGUGCCGGGUGUGGUCCGGGUGUGGUGCGUCCUUCCCACUGCUAGAGAACAGAACCCAGCGCUGCUAAUAUUCUGUUUAUCAUGGUAGCCGAUUCAGUUCCAGUAGUCGGCGUGAUCAAACACACAUCCUUUAGUAGGGUGCAGGGGCCGAAAAUAGAGCCUGCACGCUCAUAAAGCCCCUUUUUUUUUUUAUAUCCAGUUCAAGUGCAAAUACAAUUCACUAGUCCGAGUCACCAUUGGUCGAGUCACAAGUCAUGAAAAUCAGUCCGAGUCCUGGACUCGAGUACUACGACACUGGUACAGUGUAAUACAAAUAGCUAGAUGGCUACUUGCUUGUUCAAUUCUGCAAGAAGCCCUGAUAACCUUUGCAGGCUUGAUUGAUUGACUGACUGUCUGUUUGACUGACUGACUGAUUGACUGACUGUCUGUUUGACAUGUUUUUGCUUUCUCCUAGGAGCUUGAGAGCGUGCAGGAGGACGUCCAGGCCAUGAGCACCUGCUGUGGAGAGAUGACCAGUAGAUUGAAGGUAUCUAGCUAA